AUGAAACUGAUAGCAGAAUCUUGGAAAGAAUCAACAUUAUUUCCAAAUUAAAGUCAUUUAAUGAAAGUAAAAAGAUACUAAAACAAUUUUAUGCAGUUGAUAAUAUCUUUGAUGAAACUGAUAGCAGAAUCUUGGAAAGAAUCAACAUUAUUUCCAAAUUAAAGUCAUUUAAUGAAAGUAAAAAGAUACUAAAACAAUUUUAUGCAGUUGAUAAUAUCUUUGGUAAAAACUUAGUAGAUUCUACACUAUUGGCAUUAAGAGCAUUUUAUGAAAAGUUAUCAACAUAUGAUUUGAUAGAAUUAGGCUUAGAAAAUUAUGAAGAAAAUGAAUUAGUUCAUGCAUUGAAAACCUUUGUCAAAAUUAGAUAUCUUCUAGACAAAAACUUAAGAUCUUUAUCCGAUGCACUUGAGAUUGAAGAGGAAUUUAAAACAUCACCUUCAAAGCAAAUCAUUAAAUGA